ACAGUCCUGAUUGGUUCACGGCCAUGUUUCUGUUAUUGGGAAACUGUCUUUGACCUUAUAUGGUCCAGUCCGGAAGUGUCCCGUUGCUAGGAGGCGGAGAACGCUCGGAAUAAAAACGCCGCUCUCUGCUCCGCUCCCCGUGGAGGAACCUGACUAUCGGGGUGUUCUCGGUCUGUUGGCGGGGGAGGCCCCCCUUCCGGAAUGACUUCCUCAUGGCCGGCGGCUUCAGUCAGGACUCCGUAGCGGACUUCCUGAGACAGAGAGGAGGCAGAGUGACGAGCUCAGACUUAGUGGAGCAUUUUCAGGCCGCGUUCCCGCAGGAGCCGCGCGGCAGGGCGGCCGCCCGCAGCUCCUUCAAGUCCUGCGUGGACGGCGUGGCGUUCGUGAGGACGGAGAGCGGGGUCAAACACGUCUGCCUGCGGAGGCAGUUCCGCUACUCCGCUCCGUGCUCCCCACCUGACGGCCAGGUGAGCUGCCGCGAUGACGCAGCCGCACGCGCUCAGGUGCAGCAGCAGCAGCAGGGAGAAGCGCGCGACUCGCGUUGCGGAAAUGACUCGAGGAGAGUUCCGCAUUUUAUCGCGGCGGAGAGCGAUCGGUCGCACGAGCCAGAGCUGGACGGUGGACAGCGGGGGGUUCUGGGUGAGGAGGAAGGACGCUGCGGUGGCAUGGGGAACACGGGGAGCAUCGGUCUGAGGGAGUCCAGGAGGGAGAGGCACGUAGAACCUGCCAUUCCACAAAUCACAGUGCUCCAGCCUUCGCCUCUCCCUAAGGACACAUCUGUCUUCAUCCUGCCCGGGCCUGAACACACGGCAGCUGCAGCUCAGGUAGGCCCUGCGUUGGCGCCCGGGGGCCUGAGAGUGGCAGAGCCUGGUUCUGGCACCCGGCAGAGGUUCCUCUCUGGUUCUCCAGAGAACCAGGAGGAUGAGGGCAGCAGCAACGAGGGCGGCUGCAGCCCGACCGGCAGCAGGAGACACUUCAUCCGGGCGAUGAUGGACAGCUCCCCGGAGGUGCGGCGCAGCGUGGUGCGCCGCACCUCCGCCCGCAGCGCCGUCCGCCCCGUGUCCAGGAGCGACUCGGACUCGGCCUCGCUGGCCUCCGCCGGCCCGGACGAGGAGCGCACGGCCGUCACCCUGGACCCCGUGGAGCACGAGUGGAUGAUGUGCGCCUCGGACGGGGAGUGGGGCAGCCUCCAGCGUCUGCUCAGCGCCGAGCCCAGCCUGGUGCUGAAGAGGGACUUCGUCACCGGCUUCACCUGCCUGCACUGGGCGGCCAAGCACGGCGACGCGGGCCUGAUGGAGGAGAUCGUCCACUUCGCCGAGCAGCGCCGCCUGCCCGUCAGCGUGGACGUGCGCUCCAACAUGGGCUACACGCCGCUGCACAUCGCCGCCAUGCACCGCCGCAUGGAGGUGCUGAAGCUCCUGUGCGGGGCGUUCAACGCAGACGUGGAAAUCAGGGACUACAGCGGGCGGAAGGCCUGCCAGUACCUCCCCGAAGGCGUGAGUGCCGAGAUGCAGGACAUCAUGGGAGCGCGCGAGCUCUCCGAGUCCAGAGGCGCGGAGCCCAGUGGCGGAGGCCGCUGGAGGUUCUCCAAGGUCCUGCAGAGCAACCUGAAACCCAUGCAGCUGCUCAGCCUGGGCGACGGCGACCCCGCGGGCGGGGACGUCCGUCUCAGGCACAAACCCGUCAGGAGGAGGUCCUCGCUGGGCAGGAUGAAGCCCAACCUGCAGAAGAUCCGCCAGAGGGCGUCCCAGAUCGUCCACAGCACUUCGUUCCGGGACAAGCGGGAAACGGACGAGUCAGAGGAGACGCCGUCCUCCGAGUCCAGACCCAAAACCCAUUUCUUAGGCUUCUGAUCCCGGCUAUUUUGCGGGAGGUCUGCACGGGCCCGACAAACUCUCUCCCCCUGACCCGAUGCUUCGCCGUGCUGCUCAGCUGAAACGAACCUAUAUAGAAAUGUGAAUCUGCGAAAAAAGCAGGAAGCCGAGACGGCGCCGCCUGUCGCCUCUCCAAGCUCGCCUUUCUGUAGAGCAGCUGACUGCAGCCUCCAGAGGAGCAGGUAGCCUGACUAAGAGCAGGAUACAUACAUGAAAAAGGGUUAUAUUUUUUUAGAUAUAGAAAUCUGCUUUUGCUGCAAUAAGAAUACUUGAUGAAAAAACCAGCAGACUGA